CACUCUCCGAACCAGCACUCCCGGGGCGCACGCGUUACCAUCCAUCACGUGACACUACCACAACGCGUUCCAGUGCAGCCUCGCGCAAAAGUGCUCGAUCCAUGGAAUCGCCCAAGUGAUCCAGUAAUUUUUAAUUAAUCUCUGAAUAAGCCUCGCUGAACGGCGAGCGGCCGGCUGUCGCCAGAAUGAGUGCUACAAGAUUGGACCGACUCGUAACGCUCCUUGAGACAGGCAGCACAGCAUUGAUUCGGAACACAGCAGCUGAACAAUUGGCCGAUGUCCAGAAACACCACCCCGAGGACUUGUUCAACCUUCUCAACCGUGUCGUCCCAUUCUUGCGAUCGAAGAGCUGGGAGACCCGUGUUGCUGCUGCAAAAGCAGUCGGCGGCAUUGUUGCCAACGCUGAGAAGUACGAUCCAAACGCUGAAGAUGAGCCCGUCAAAUCGGAGGUCAAGGCAGAGACCAAUGGUCACGCAAAAGAGGAGGACAACGAUGAUGCAGCUGUCAAGAAAGAAGAGAAUGGCGAUGUCGAAAUGUCGCUGGCGCCUUCACUAACUGGCAAAUUCGAUCUUAACACACUCGACAUUGCUGCCAUUCUGAAGGAUGGGAGUCACCUCGUUGGAUCUGCUAGCAAAGAACUGGAAUUCAGGCUACUAUCGAUGAGCCCUGCAGACCGACUUGCGUAUCAGAAGGAGGUUCUACCGAAGCGACUUGGGCUCGAAGGUCCUUUUGCUGAGAUAACUGCUGUGCCUGCGGAUGAGAUCGUCGUGCAGACCCCCGGACUACGUACGCCAGCCAUUCACCGCAUCGACACAAACCUUGCAAGGUCAGAUACCCUCAACUCUGCGGCGUCACCUCCUGCGGCUACACCAACAGGUGAUCAGCCGUCUCUCAGCAAGCGCCAACUCAACGCACAGAAGCGCAAGCAGAAGAAUGCACAGAAGAACAAUAAAGGAGUCACCGUUGACUUUAACGAGCCUGGUUCUAGGAAGCCGUCUCAACCGGACGCCCUUCAAACGCCCGCCCGCAUGACGCCGCAUCCCUCAUCGCUGAAGCAGGAGAAGUCUGAGAACGGGGAAGCUGAGGUCGUCGACGACUACUUCUCGCUGGAGCGCAAAGGUGGAGACGAUGACGCCAAGUUUGUCAAGGAGUUCAAGGGUGCCGAGAUCCCUGAGAAGUCUUGCUUCGAAGGCGAGUCGACCGAGUCUGGACUAGAAUGGCCUUUUGGGCGCGUUUGCGAUUAUCUCGCUCUUGAGAUGUUCGAUCAUGCCUGGGAAGUCCGCCACGGAGCUUCUAUGGGCAUCCGAGAAGUACUGCGAGUCCAUGGUGCCGGCGCUGGCAGGGUCAAGGGGAUGACAAGAGCGGAGAACGACAGGCUAAAUCAGGAAUGGCUCAAUGAUCUGGCUUGCCGGAUAUGCUGCAUCUUCAUGCUCGACCGUUUCGCCGACUACACAUCAGACACCGCCGUUGCACCCAUCAGGGAAACUGCCGGACAAGCACUUGGCUCGGUACUGCAGCAUCUCUCGCACGAGAACGUCAUCGCUACGUUCAACGUACUCCACAACCUCAUCAAGAAAGGUCUUGAGGUAGAGAGCGGCUGGCAUUCCUCACAGGGUGGCAUGAUCGGUCUCCGGUACCUUGUAGCAGUACGAAAUGACUUGCUUCGGGAAGAUGGGACACUCAUGGACGGUGUUCUAGCUGCAGUUAUUCAAGGCUUGGGCAACUUUGACGACGACAUUCGAGCCCUGAGUGCAGCAACGCUCAUUCCAGUCGCUAAAGACUUCGUUGAAAUGCGGCCCAAAGCGAUGGAGGGCCUCAUGAACCAGGUCUGGUCAUGCUUUGACGGACUGCAGGAUGACCUUACAGCUAGCACCGGCUCGAUUAUGGAUCUUCUCGCCAAGCUGUGCAGCUUCCCUCAGGUCCUUGCAGCCAUGCAGGCCAACGCAGAGAGAGACCCGACACAAUCUUUCCUCGAGCUUGUACCUCGCCUCUUCCCAUUCCUCCGACACACCAUCACCAGCGUCCGUGCUGCUGUACUUCGCGCAUUGAGUACAUUCCUCGACAUUCAGAGUGCGGGAUCAGCUGGAUGGAUUGACAGCAAGGCACUUCAACUGAUCUUCCAGAAUAUCCUCCUGGAGCGUAACGAGGGCGUCCUGAAGCGGUCGAUGAAGCUAUGGAACACCAUGGUCGACAACUCGGGAGGUGAGAUUGCGACCCACCUUGAGCCGAUCCUCAACUCCAUCAUCCCGCUCAGUCUGACGCCGAUUGGGGUUUCUCGCCACCCGAUUGCCAUGGAUGUGUCACUACUUAUCAAGCCUUCUGGACAAAUGAUGGGUCCAGCACCAGCCUCAACACCCAGUCGUCGAUCGACACCCCCCGCAGGGAUCGAACCACCUAAGAAGAGGAAGAAGUCUCGCCACGGAAAAGAGGACAUCUCCGCGCCAAUCCCGUCGUCUGUAUCCCACAACGUUGACGGACAUAUGAUCGGCGGUGACCUUGAGCUUAUCGGUGCUGACGUAAUGAUUCGUUCCCGUGCAUCCGCAGCACAAGCUCUGGGUAAGGCUAUUGCAGCUUGGCCUACAGAGACCCGAGUUUCCAUCUUCGGCCAUAGAUUGUUGCCGCCACUGUCAUCGACCAGUUCUACUACACAAUUGACAGCGGCUAUGAUCAUCGAAGAAUUUGGCAAGAACUUGACCGCCAAGGAUGCCUUGGCCGACCUUCUCGCUGAGGCUCUCGUCCCGAUUGUCGAGGGAGACCGACCAGCGGCCUACGAGGAUCUCGUACCCAAGCUUCAGAUUGUGCGCACACAGUGCACUGCCCUCCUCAACAUCUUCAGAGAAGGCCAUGUCCAGAACCUGCCCCCUCUGGCGGUCGUUGUGCAGGGCGAUCCAGCGGCCAGCCAGUAUGCUUUUGGUGUCGCUGAUGCCGAGAAGCUAGUCACUAUACAGUUCGAGAAGUUAAAGAAGGCGAUGACACCAUCAGCUCGUAUGGUCGCUGCUGCCAACUUGGACGUGUCUCGAAAGGAAGUCGAGGCCAGCUUGCAAGAGGCCAAAGAUAUCAAGGAAGAGCGGGAUAUCCGCAUCAAGGCAGCUGCGGCUGGAGGUCUCAUCUGGCUCAGCUCUCCUCCCAAGAAGCCCCAGCAUCCGAUCAAGGCGAUGAUGGACAGUGUCAAAAAAGAGGAGAACGUCCUAUUGCAGAAGAGGUCUGCUGCGGCUGUUGCCCGCUACAUUGUCCAUCUUGUUGAUGGCAACAAGGGCGUGGUCGUCAAGAAAGUGGUGGGCAACCUCGUCAAGUUCUACUGUAUGGAGACAGCAGAGACCCCGGAGUUCAACGGUCAAGGCCAUAUCGAAACCGGCAUUCUAACCCUGAAGAAGGAUGAAGAUGUCCGUGAUCACCCAGAUGCUGCCAAAUUUGCGGAAGAGUCGAGAGCCGCCAGAAUCACCAAGCGCGGCGCCCGCGAAGCCCUCGAGCAGGUUGUCGCGCAGUUCGGUGCGGAGAUCUUCCAGAAAGUCCCAACUCUGGAAGAUUUGAUCCAGCGACCCAUCAAGCAGGCUUUCGCCGAUGCGACACUCCCUGCAGAGAUUGCGAAAGAGGAUGGCGUCUUUGGUCAAGAGGUUGUUGACGCUUUGUCAACUCUGCGUGCGCUGGUUGGCAGCUUCCACCCCGACGUACGCAGCUUCAUCAAGGAUCUGCUUCCAUUUGUUGCAAGGGCUUUGCAGAGCAAGCUUUACGUUCUCCGCUAUGCUGCCGCAAAGUGCUUCGCAACCAUCUGCAGUGUCAUGUCUGUUGAAGCCUUCACGCUACUCGUAGAAGUUGUUCUGCCCACUAUCAGCGAUGGUGCAAACGUCCAUGGCCGUCAAGGUGCCAUCGAGUGCAUCUACCACCUCAUUCACGUCAUGGAAGAUGGUAUUCUGCCCUACGUGAUCUUCCUCAUCACUCCUGUCUUGGGACGAAUGAGCGACUCAGACAACGACAUCCGUCUGCUGGCCACGACAAGCUUCGCCACGCUCGUCAAGCUUGUUCCGCUCGAGUCCGGGAUCCCAGACCCUCCCGGUUUGCCCGAUGCACUGCUCAAGGGCCGAGAUCGCGAGCGUAAGUUCGUUGCUCAGAUGUUGGAUGCAAAGAAGGUCGAGCCUUUCGAGAUCCCUGUCGGGAUCAAGGCUACCCUGCGUUCGUACCAACAAGACGGCGUCAACUGGCUUGCCUUCCUCAACCGAUAUAAUUUGCACGGCAUUCUCUGUGACGACAUGGGUCUCGGCAAGACAUUGCAGACAUUGUGCAUGGUGGCCAGUGACCAUCACCUGCGAGCCGAUGAGUUCGCCAAGUCUGGUGAUCCCAACUUCCGCAGGCUGCCGUCUCUCAUCGUCUGCCCUCCUACUUUGUCUGGCCAUUGGCAGCAAGAGAUCCGCCAGUAUGCUCCUUUCCUUUCCUGCGUAGCCUACGUCGGUGCUCCGCCAAUACGUGGCCAACACAGGUCUCAGCUCCAGAACGUCGACAUAGUCAUCACCAGUUAUGACAUCUGCAGGAACGAUCUUGACAUUCUCAAGCCUGUCAACUGGAACUACUGCGUACUCGAUGAAGGCCACCUGAUCAAGAACUCGAAGUCAAAGACCAGCCAAGCUGUUAAGCAAUUCCAGUCGAAUCACCGCCUGAUCCUUUCCGGUACACCGAUCCAGAACAAUGUACUGGAGCUGUGGUCUCUCUUCGACUUUCUCAUGCCUGGCUUCCUGGGUUCUGAGAAAGUCUUCCAGGAGCGUUUUGCAAAGCCUAUUGCAGCCUCUCGAUUUGCCAAGUCUUCAUCGAAGGAGCAAGAAAAGGGUGCCCUCGCUAUCGAAGCGCUCCACAAGCAGGUCCUCCCCUUCCUUCUCCGACGUCUCAAGGAGGAGGUGUUGGAUGAUUUGCCACCCAAGAUUCUGCAGAACUACUACUGCGAUCUUUCCGAGCUUCAGCGUAACCUGUUCGACGAUUUCAACAAGCGUCAAGGAAAAGAAAUCCAGUCAAAGGCAGGCAACGCUGACCGCGAUAGCAAGCAGCACAUCUUCCAGGCAUUGCAGUACAUGAAGAAACUGUGCAACUCGCCUGCUCUCGUUGUUAAGGGUCCAACAAACAAGGCCUACGAGCCAACGCAGCAGUACUUGAAGAAGCACAAUACAACGAUCGACGAUAUCGUUCAUGCUCCUAAGCUCAGUGCGCUGAAGGAUCUCUUGGUGGACUGCGGCAUUGGCGCGGCAGACGUUGCUGGCGACAAGUCAGCGGCUGCCAACGGCGAUCUGCCCGAGGCGGUGUCUCAACAUCGUGCUCUCAUCUUCUGUCAAAUGAAGGAGAUGCUUGACAUGGUCGAGUCUGCCGUCUUCAAGAAAUUGCUACCGAGUGUCCAGUUCAUGAGGCUCGAUGGUACAGUGCCAGCAGAGAAGCGUCAGGAUAUCGUCAACAAGUUCAACUCGGACCCGUCUUACGAUGCACUGCUCCUGACCACCAGCGUCGGUGGUCUUGGUCUCAACUUGACUGGUGCUGAUACCGUCAUCUUCGUUGAGCAUGACUGGAACCCGCAGAAGGACAUCCAGGCCAUGGAUCGCGCUCAUCGUAUCGGACAGAAGAAGGUUGUCAAUGUGUACCGCAUUGUUACUCGCGGGACACUGGAAGAGAAGAUUCUCAACCUUCAACGUUUCAAGAUCGAUGUUGCGAGCACCGUCGUCAAUCAACAGAACGCCGGCCUUGGCUCUAUGCAGACAGAUCAGAUCCUUGACCUUUUCAAUGUCUCGGCGGACAGCGCAGACCCAGCUGCGCUUCCACCUCCUCCGUCCAACUCAAAGGACGAUAACGGUAUCGACGAGAACGAUGCCGUCGAUGCUACUGGUGAAUUACGUCAGAAGGGCCAGAAAGGUUUCCUUGACGAUAUCGGCGAACUCUGGGACGAGAAGCAGUAUGAAGACGAGUUCGACCUCGAUGGUUUCUUGGGCAAGAUGCAGGGUGGUGCAGCAUAGUAUGCUUGGCCUGUCCGCAUCGAUAAUCCUGCUAGGGCUGUGUUGCCACAUCCUUGGGAUGACUGACUUCACGCGCCAUGGGCAUAGUGGUGUAUUGGCGUUUUGUUUCGAUAAGUGUAGCGACCACUCGCAAGGUUGUACGGCAUGUAUGGGAUAGCAUGGACGGAUUAUGGAACGGUUCCAUCAUUCGACUUAGCAUGGCGUUGGAUGGCUUUGAGGCUUAAAGUCACAUCGAUGGGUCUCAUGCGAGACGUGUAUGCUCGUACUUGUAUUGGUAGAUGGCACGCCCAUCAAUGGGCUUUUCACAAAACGAAGAUAUCCAAUUGGCAGGUGCCUAUCAUGCAG